UCGCACCUAGAGACUCGUUCAUUUCUAGUCGCGCCGCGGUCGCAGACACUUUUAGCUCCUCAGUCCACACGCCUCCCGCACCCAAGACUGACCUCGUCACUCGCUUCUCUGCCGAGCGUAGAUCCGAGAUCGAACGUCUAGUCUACAUCUACAUCUUGUGCUUUCGUGUGACAAAUGAAUCUAGGAACGUUUCAAGUGUCAAAUUUGAGUGAUCUUUAACAAUAAUUUUCCAAGUGCGUGGAAUAUCUACACAAACAAGGCUGAAGUUUUUCACAGCGGUAGAACGUCUGUUGCUCAGAAUUCUUGAACUUGAAAGUUUGAGUUCACCCGAGCUCUUUACUGCAAAGUAUUUUCGUUCUGUAAUGGUAAAACCCGCCCUCGCUCGAGACAAGAGGUUUGGUGAAAUCCAAGUGAACACAAGAAGCUGCGAGUGCUGGUGGUGGGCGAGCAAGGACCCCAGGGUCGACCCGCAGAAGCAUCCAGCUCGAUGGGUUGAGGUUGAGGUAGAGAUUCCCUCAAAACGAGUAAGCGUCAAAUAGAAAAGUGGAGAGAGCCAUGUUGAAGGUGGUGGGAGCGUCCUGGGUCCAGACCCGAGUCACGCUCUUCACUCUCGCUGCCGUUACACUGUUCGGAAUACUCACAUAUUACUACGGUGGAGUCCCUCCGCCGACUCAUGAUGGUAACUAUGCAGCCACAGUGUUCUGGUCCCGGACUGCUGGAUACCGGAUUCAGUUCUGGGGGCAAAACAACGAACCUGCAAGUAUAAGGAAGGGAGUGGCUCGUGCUUACUACCGUCCUGACAUGAGUCGAGAUGGAUGGGCCAGUAUGGAGAUAGAGUCUCAGGGGCAUUACCCCGACAGUGUACAGGCCCAUGCGGCAGGGCUGCUGGAGGGAAGCCUCUCCUGGCAGCUCAUCUACUACCAUUGGAAAAACACCAUUGAGAAAGCAUGUGAGAACCGUGAAGAGUUCUGUGACCAAGCGAGAAUCAUUCUGGACCAGAAUACUGUCAAUAUUCGAGAGAAGGCGAGAAUGUUUGACCAUAUUGAUCCAUUUUGGCAUCAGGUGAAUUUAUUUUAUGAACAGCUGGAUGGGCUGGAGGUUGGAUGGCGUUAUGCUGUUGAUCGAAGUCGCAAAGACUUUGAUAUCCCACACCAGGAUUUCCUGUGGAUGAACAUGGCCUGUGAUCUACAGGACUUGGAGCUUAUGUAUAACACUACCAUUGAAGCCCACCCCCAGCGACCACCUCUGAGCAUGGCUCUGCUCAAACUGCUACCCGACCAACCCAAUCAGUUCCUCCUGGCACAUGCAUCCUCAUCAUUCUACAGUGCUAUGCUGAGGGUACAGAAGCGCUACCACCUGCGUCUCCACAUGACUGGAGACGGCCGUGCUGCAUCAGUUCCUGGUCAGGUCGUCACCUUCACCUCCUACCCCGGCACUGUGCACUCUCAAGACGAUUUUUAUCAGAUCAGUGGCUCAGAGCUCACCGUCACUGGCACUGCCAUCAAAAACCUAAAUCAGAGCCGUUGGGUCAAAGCUCAAGUCACCAUUGAGGUAUUUAUGGGUCCGAGAGUAAUGGCUGCAAACCGAAUUGCAGUGAAUGGCUCUCAAUGGUCCAAAUAUGUCACAAAGAGUUACAGUGGAACAGGCAACAAGCAGUGGCUUGUAGUGCAGCCUCUGGACCAGACAGUGCAGCUAUGGGUGAUAGAGCAAGUACCAGGUCUGACACACUCAGAGCCACAAACAACCACACUGAGUUCUACAGGCUACUGGGCCAGCUACGGUCUGCCACAUUAUAAGGAUAUACGGAGUGUGUCUGGCAACAACAAGUCAGCUUUCCAAGCAUCCAAUCCUGUUGCCAAAGUUUUGGCUCUUGGUCAGUCAAAUGUAACAGAUUUGGAAUCUUUGAUUUGCCUGAUGAGAAGUCCUGACCUUACACUAGUAGGUCGAAGUGACCUGAGCAUUGACGAUGUACGUCAGCUAGAGCAAGACUACCAGGAGCGUUUCCUACGGUCCACAACAGAGACGAACAACGAAAUCUUCCACAGGGACGAGGAGGAAACUCAAACUGAACAGAUUACUCCACCGCACUUUGUCCACAAUGUAAAGGAAGUCUUCAACACCAUAAUCUCGAUGAAACGUCUAACCGAUGAACUCAGGAAUAUGGAGGGGCAUACUUCCAAUCCUAACGAAAAAACACAAGAGUACAAAGUUCAAGAAGAACUUCCUGAAAUUGAUUUAAUAGUAGAUAAGAGGAAAGUAUCAGGAGAGGAAGACAACAAUGUUUUGUCUCUCAGAGAGUUCUCCGGAGUUAUAGAUUUGAAAGUUUCCAAGAAGGACGGUUACUUGGCAGCAGCUGGUCCGCCGUUCAGUGUGAGCAACGGCGCAGUCGUGGUGCAGCCAUUCCAGUGGUCCAAGAGCCCCAUCAAGGACUUGCCUCACGUAGGCCAGGCUGAUGUCUGGGACUUUGAUCCUGUCAAGCCCAAGUGGGUUUGGAAUUAACCACAAGGUCUUUAGGCUUUUUUCAAUUUUAGAAAAAUUAGCUUUCUAGAUAAGAAUUAUGUACUUUUAGAAAAUGAAUACAUUUUAUACUAGAAAAAUAAAUGUAUACCACUUCCAUUGAAGGUACAAGUUUUGGCCUUUUGUAAUAUGUAAUAGGUACUUAAGGUAAUAGUUUAGUAGAUAGACAAUUUUUAAAUAUUGAAGAAAUGAGAUUAUUUGUUUAACUAGUGUAAAUCUUUAAAAAAAUUUCAAAACACUGACAUCACAAAAAAACUCGCCAGACUUCAUAAAUGUAAGGGUACAAACACACAGAACGCACGUCUCCUUCUCUCCCAUUCUCAUACAAUUAUCACAAAUCGUAAAUUAAUUGGGUUUUGUAUGAAAACAAAAACCAAGCAAUGUGUAAAUUCAUUAACAGCAUAACUUUUUCUACUGUUAAGGAUUCAAAAUAACCAUUUAGACAGUUGGGGAAACAUAAGGGAUUUUGACGCAAUCGUUAAAUGAGUGUCGCUACAUUUUACUUUAAAUUUUCAUGGACAGGAUAGUAAAAACCAACGUUUACAAAAGACCAAUAGAUGGAGCAUGCCUAUCCAACUUAUAACAUUCUAGAAACUGAAGCACGGUCAGCCUUAUAGGCAGUAAUAGAAGCGCUAGAUAUUGAUGAAAACGUCGUAAAAAUUCAAUGUUCCGCUUCCAAAUAACUAUGUAUCUAUCUAGCCUACUUAGAAUAAAGGUAUUACAAAACUUUGUAUGAAUGAAGUAAAUAAGGCUUGGGCACUCUUAUCUCCAAUAAAAAAGCUUUAAAACUAAUAUUUUAUAUUUUAACUAGCUUUGUGGCCUUUCUACGCACGGGGAUCUUAUAGUAGUCAGUUGAAACCUUAUUAUAUAAAGAACAGCAGUUGGUUUGCAUAUUUUCAGACGUGCUGGCAAAACUAUUAUAUAUAAACCUAAUAUUAUGACAUAUAAAGAAAAAGCAAAACUUAUACAGUAAGACAUCAGUUAAAUUGAAAACUACUGUAAUAAAUAAGGUGCAACACUAACGAUAACUAAUUUGUAAAUAGUGAUGUGUUGGUACGUAAAAAUUAUUCUUGUUGAUACCACCGGUUCUAUGGAAAAUACCAGUACCAAAAACCAACGUUUACAGUUAAGAACUAUAGUACAUCCAACCAAUUAAAUGCGUUAAUCCAGUUCCGAGCCCUAUACAACACUGAUUCAAGGUCUUUUUCCCGGUUAUCAAAACUUCAGAAAAAAUUUAUACACAAAGAAUCUCUAAUUUAAUUUACGGUUACAAUACACAUUAUUGAACUUUCGAUUAAUUAAAUCCUUUAUGUAAGGAAACUCGUUUUUAAUCUCACUUGGUUUGGGUUUUGCUUUCAAAACGUUAUUGGAAUCGUUUGCGGUAUUUGUAAACAACAUUUAAUGUAAACAUAUCAGUGACAGCUAGAAAAAAUAAUCUUUAUCCGAACGAACAGCUGUUCGUUAUUUCAUAGAUGAUUAUGUGAUGGACAUCAGGGAAAAACUUGACAAAAAUCGCACAAAAUCGGGUUUUUAAACAUCCGUCAUUUUAUUUAAAAAAUAGUGAGGCCAUAUCUUAAUGGCCAAAGACAAUCUCGCCAAUCCAGUGAAUACAUUAAAAUGAUUUGGAUCUUGAUAGGUAGUCUCGUUUUUCAGGAGAAGGCCGCGUAAAAUGCCUCUUGGGCCGUAACAGACGACCGACAGACAGAAAUAGAGAUGAGACUUGUUUCGGCUUCUUUAAUGUAUAAAACGAAAAAUAAUCUAAAAAUUUAUAAUUCUGAGCAAUGUACAGACAAAACUCUAAUUUUAUUUAUAUAGAUGCUAAAAAAAAUUUGAUUCUUUUAUAUGAGUUUUAAAAUAUGAAAUGAAAAAGUUCGUUGUUGCUAAUUUUUGUAUAAUUUGGUCAGGUAAGUUAAAAAUGGUAAAUUUUGUAGCUAAAGAGUAAAAUUUGCUGAAUCAUAUUGGAAAAAAAAUGUUAAGCUGACAUAGUUUUGUUAUAGUUUGAGUUGUACGAGAGGAGCUUUCCUACGUGCCACUUCGCGUCGUGCAGGCAGAAUCUGCCUAAAAUCUCACUUUUAAUACGCAAGUGUAGACAUUCAAGUUUAGAGCUAUACAGAAAAGUUAACUACACUACUUAUGAGAACGCUGAGUAAAUAAACAGUUUCAUCGUUUUAUUCUACGUAUUCUUAUGAAGAAAAAAAAUAUUUUCUGUCUCGUUUAUAAAAAUUAAUAUGACGGUCAGAAUCUUAAAGUGUUGUCUUUAACAAUAUUAUUGUAUGUCUUCAAAAUUUGUAUACGUAAACCAAACGUUGGAAGUUAUCAAACAAUAAUACAAUUAAUCAAUACGAAUUAAUACAACAUAGAUACCGUACAUACAUUAUGAAUUAAUUUGUAGGGUUUCAGAAUUUUUGCUUUGCCCAACAGUUUUUUUUUGUUAAUUAUGUAAAUUAACUUUUUCUGAAAAACCGCAAACGCUAGUAAAAAAUUAAAAGCUCUUUUUGAUUUUGUUAUAGAAUUAUUCAUAAUGCAAACGCAUAUUGUUACGCAUAUUAAUGAUAUCCAUUUUAUUCGUAGUGCUCGUCACUAUAGGGCCCACCACGGCCGGCAGCCGCAAUCUUAAGACGGACGAUUGAAAUAUCAUUGCUUCACGUCGCGGCCUACGUGCUCAAUCUUCUUUCCAUUUUUCUUCGUUAAAAAAUUUUUGAUUUUCAAACUACCUUUAUUUAAUUACCUUUAAAUCAUUAUCACUUUUAAUUGAAACACAUACUGCCAUUGCCACAUCAUCUCACAGCUUAACUACAAUAUAUCUGUUCUUGUAGUGCCUUAUGCUUCUCCUGUCCCAGUGCAGGCCCAAAAUAGUUAUUUUUAUAACUAGUGUGUGAAGUUGCACUUUGCUGCACAUAAGGGAAAUAUUUACGCACGAGCCACAGGAGAGCGUGGAAAGUUUCUCGAGUGCAGCAAAGGUACUUUGCACUCGGGUUACACGUUAUAUUUUUCCAACAGUAACUAUAAAGCAUAUAAAUAACUAGCCGUAACCCGCGGGCUUUGCCCCGUUUAACUUCUUAAUUUUCAAGAUUAUCUCAUUCGCAUGGCUCAAUCACGUCCUGGUUGAAGUUUGUUCGAUACGCUCACUCACCUUUAGGUUGGAGCUCGUUUGCUACGCUCACUCACCUUUAGGUUGGAGCUCGUUCGCUACGCUCACUCACCUUUAGGUUGGAGCUCGUUCGCUGCGCUCACUUGCCUUCAGGUUAGCUCGUUCGCUACGCUAACUCGCCUCCAGGUUGAAGUUCGUUCGCUACGCUCACUCACCUUUUGGUUGCAAAUUAGCUGUUGUCAUAAAUGUAAAAAAAAUAAUAGUGCUGCACCCUGUUGGUAAUUUUUGUAACUUUAAUGCUAUUGAACAUCACAGAACAGAACCAACUUGUUUAAUUGAAACAGCUGUUAAGAUUCAAUAAUUUCAUUUCUCAUAAGGUUAACAUGGGAAACUCCAGAGCCACUGGGGCGGAGCCCGAAAGGAUUUUUGAAAUAAGAAUAUGCCUAUAUGUUAAUCGGGAAUGUGAGCUAUUCAUCAUGCCAAAUUUCAGCCCAAUCCGACCAGUAUUUUUCGCGUUCACUUGUCACAAACAUACAUCCAUCCAUCUAAACUUUCUCAUUUAUAAUAUUAGUAGGAUUAGUCUUUCAACACAUUUUAAGGCUAGGUUAAAUCCAAGCACUGAACUAAAUGAGAAACACUGCACCAGCUGAUCAUAGUCGUAGUAUCUUUAAGUGUUGCCAACCUAUUUUCAAGCGUACACGUAUUACGUGCCUAAUAAAAGCAUGUUGAUUUGUGUUGUUUGGUUGGAAUACUGGAGUGCGGCAAAAGUAAGUAAAUGCAGCAAUUAUUAGCAACUUGUACUAUAAUCAGUGCAAGGAAGCCUACUUCGUCAGGUGACUGUAAAAAAAUACUUUUUUACUUUCUCCCCCUAUACCAUAGUAUGGAGAAAGUAUUGUUUUCGUCAAAAUUUUCGAGUUUGAGUUUUGAGUGGAUAUAUUAGUUUUGGGUCCCCCUGGACCAAAAAAAGUGGUUUUGAGGUGAUGUCUGUGUGUGUGUGUGUGUGAGUGUGUGUCCAAGUGAGUGUGUCUGUAUGUGUACACAGAGCUAGAGACUACACCUGUGGUCCGAUUUCGAUGAAAUUUGGUAUGUAGGUUCUAAUUAAUGGUAUCUCCAGGUAUUUUUUCAUUUUUUUGAAAUUUUGAUUUUUAAUGGGGGUUUUCCCAUAAAACCCGGAAAAAUCGGAUUUUCUCAAAAAUGGCCCAGUUUUGAUAAAAAUUUAGUAUGUUGUAGCCCUUUAAAUUCUGAACUAAAUGGUACAAAUCCCAUUUCUGUAAAAAUUACGGUUCAAAAGUUAUGGUAAAUUAUGUUAUUUCCCAUAAAACCCCAUAAAAUAACAAAAAAUAGGAUUUUAGACAAAAAUCCGGUUUUGAUUUUACAUAGUAUGUUAUGGUCCUUAGAAUUUUGAUAGUUUUUUUAUGUUUUAGAAAUUUUUAUUUUUAAUGGGGAUUUUCCGAUAAAACCCCAUAAAAUAACGGAAAAAUAGGAUUUUCCCAAAAAUGGCCCGAACGAUUUUGAUAAAAAUUUAGUAUGUUAUAGUCCUUUAUAUUCUGAACAAAAUGGUACAAAUUCCAUUUCUGUAAAAAUUACGGUUCAAAAGUUAUUGUAAAUUAUGUUAUUUUCCCAUAAAACCCCCAUAAAAUAACGGAAAAAUUGGAUAUUCCCAAAAUUGGCUCGAACAAUUUUGAUAAAAAUUUAGUAUGUUAUAGUCCUUUAAAUUCUGAACAAAAUUGUUCAAAUCCCAUUUCCGUAUAUUUACUCUUACCGCUUACACAUGAUGAAGGUUGUUGAGAAGCUUAUGGGAGAAAGUAUGUGUCAGAAUGCUAAUACCCUUUAUUUCAUACAAUUUUAACGAUUAGAGUAUCUUCUCUCUUCCCUUCCAUCACUAGGACUACACGAAAAACGCUUGCUGCCGCUCCAAAAAAAUCAAACUCAACUGUUUCAAUUGAAGACUGUGCCGUGCCGUGCCGCUCUCUAUGUGUUCCUUUGGAUUACAAAGUACGUAUUUGUUUUGACGCGUCAUGUAUGUUUGUACCCUAACAAAAUGGUUAAUUUUUAAUAGAAACUAUAGGCUGGUAAUUUAAUAGUUGGUUGAUAACACCCAAGAAGUGUAUUUUUUUAAUGUGAGCGUAAUAGCAGCAUACACAGUGUUCAUGGUGGAAGGAAAAUACAUAGGUAUGCUAUUCCCGUCAUAUGCUGACGUCACCCAGAUUGCAAACAAAACAUCAGCUGAUUGUAUGCCAUAUAAGUAUAUAUAUUUUUUGAUUUGAUUGUUAUUGUUUUUAUAAUCUUUCUAUGGUAAAAUGGUGUUUGCAAUUUGAGUGACGUCAGCAUAUGAAGGGAAUAGCACACCUAUGUAUUUUUCACCAUGCACAUUGUUGUUAUUAUGGUUUUGUAAACCAAUGAAACACAAAGAAAUGCUUUAUGCAUAAACAAUUGUUUUUUUUCCUUAAAUUAAUUUUAUUUUGGUUAAUAAAAUUAACUUAUUGAGUUAAAAUAAUUAUCUUAAAAUUAAGCUUUAAAAAAUUUAGCGAUAUUAAAUUACGUAUCAUAAAUAGUAUUCUAUGAGCUUGAACCUGUUUGUGAUUAAAACCUUAUGUAUUUGAAUCAGGCUUAUUAUAUUAGAAUUUAGAGAGAAACAAAAGAUAUAAUUUGUAGGUGAUACCUUUGACUAUUAAUACAACAAUAGUAUCCAAUAGUCAAUGGUGAUACACAAUACUAUUGACGUAUUAAUAGUCAAAGACAAUACUCAUCUGACAGCAAACCAAUACAAUGGCUGUGGUGUGAGUGGCAGUAGAUAAUAUGUGACUAUAGUUCGGCCGCUUAGAAAGCGACCUCCUCCAGCAUUGGUUUAGCAUUAGCGCGCAGGUCGUUUUCUAAGCGGCCGAACUAUACUUGGUUUAGUGAUGACUCUUGUCUUUCCAUUAGAGUAUUAUUUAGCCAUUCAUGGAGCAUGAAGCAAGGAAAUUUUUAUACAUUUCAAAUACCUAUGCAUGUUUUUAAGAGCCCUAGAAUUCUUAGAUAUUUGUUCUAAAACGACAAAAUUAUAUCUAAGGAAACUUUUGAUAACAUUGAAAUAAGCCAAAACAAUACAAUUAGUUUAUUGUAGCACAAAAUUAGUGACUAGAUUUUUUCACAGACACGACCAUCAGUAAUACUACAUUAACACUAACCUGUUGUAAUAUGACAUAGAUUGAUUUGCCUGAUGGUUUUGAAUUUUGUUGUCUGGCUUACUUCUGUCAUUGAAUAUAAAUACUAAAGACCAAAAACAAUACAGGGGGACAAUUGAACAAAAUAAUGCACUGCGGUAUAUUUAGUAAUCGCCUCUACGUGAUAACAUACACAAUAUAUAAAAACAGAUAUACACAAUAUGUAUAGUCAAUGCUUUUAUAUUUGUAUGUAAUAUCACAGUUAAAACCAUAGUGAAAUAAAAUUUUGUUGUUGUUUGAUUAGUAAACAUCAUUUAAUGUCAAUGGCUCAGUAAAAGCACUUGUACAAAAUGGCAUGGAUAAUGCCUCUUACUCUUUAAGGCAAUGAGAUUCUCUGAGGCACUGGACCACAUUGAGAAUUUAGGUUUUUAACAGAAUUUCACUAAUAACAAACGCCUCCUUACACUGUGUGUUUAGUUGACAUUGUAAUCAUCAUUAUACCUUCCUUGCUUCAUGAAAUCUACCUCCAACUAAUGCUCAUGUUUUACCAAGGUCCACAGAGGCCGACAGCUGCUGUGAUAUUAAACUGUAGCCUGUUUCAUCACACUUGUUGUUAGCUUGUUUAUUGUAUAACAUAUUAAAGAGAUUUACAAUAUUACUGUAUAUUUAAAUAUGUAGCAACUGUAUUAAAGGAAUGAAAUUCAUUCAUACUUUUAGGAAAA